CAAAACUCGCGUUAAUGCAGGCGCGGCCACGGUGUCACCUCCCUAGGACCGACCCCGUCGGUCAGUGGGGUCUGCCCCCGUCUUCUCCACGUUACCUGCGAUAUCGAGAGUGGCAAAUGAACCAGCUAUAGAGUACAAUUAUGGUUUCUGAUUUCCUGAAUCAUUUAAAGAGGGGGUUUCCCCUCUGCAAAAUUGUCCUUCGGAGAUUAAUGUACAUUUACUUCAGUGUUUUAAAUCUGUUGAUAGUUUGGGUAAUGAUGGCUCAGCUCCAGCAAGGAGGUCCUGAUGAAAAAGAGAAGACUACUGCAUUAAAGGAUUUGUUGUCUAGGAUAGACUUGGAUGAACUAAUGAAAAAAGAUGAGCCACCGCUUGAAUUUCCUGAUACUCUGGAAGGAUUUGAGUACAUUUUUAAUGAAAAAGGGCAGUUGAGACACAUCAAAACUGGGGAGCCGUUUGUUUUUAAUUACCGUGAAGAUUUGCAUAGAUGGAACCAAAAGCGUUAUGAAGCUCUCGGAGAGAUCAUUACUAAAUAUGUUUAUGAGCUUCUGGAAAAGGAGUGCCACUUGAAGAAAGUAACUCUCCCAGUGGAUGCAACCGAGAGCGAACCAAAGAGCUUUAUCUUCAUGAGUGAAGAUGCACUAACAAAUCCUGACAAACUCUUGGUGCUCAUUCAUGGUAACGGUGUCGUCAGAGCGGGUCAGUGGGCUCGGAGACUUAUAAUUAAUGAAGAUCUAGACAGUGGCACACAGAUACCAUAUAUAAAGAGGGCAACUGAGGAAGGCUAUGGAGUAAUAGUACUGAAUCCCAAUGAGAACUAUAUUGAAGUGGAGAAGACAAAAGCCCAAGUACAGCCGUCUUCUGAUAGCUCAGAUGAACCUGCAGAAAAGAGGGAAAGAAAAGAUAAAAUCCAGAAGGACACAAAGAAGCGACGUGACUUCUACGAAAAGUAUCGAAACCCACAGAAAGAAAAAGAAACUAUGCAGAUGUACAUCAGAGAUAAUGGAUCUCCUGAAGAACACGCCGUUUAUGUUUGGGACCACUUCAUUUCCCAGUCUGCUGCAGAGAAUGUGUUUUUUGUGGCUCACAGUUAUGGUGGGCUUGCCUUUGUGGAGUUGAUGAUUCAACGAGAGGCAGAAGUGAAGAAUAAGGUAACUGCUGUGGCGUUGACAGACUCUGUUCACAAUGUGUGGCAUCAAGAAGCUGGGAAAACUAUUCGAGAGUGGAUGCGAGAGAACUGCUGUAACUGGGUGUCCAGCUCUGAGCCCCUGGACACAUCGGUAGAGUCCAUGCUGCCAGACUGUCCACGUGUCUCUGCAGGUACAGAGCGCCAUGAACUAACCUCCUGGAAGAGUUUUCCAUCUAUCUUUAAAUUCUUCAGUGAUGCAAUGGAGGCAAAGAACAGCUCAGUGAAGCCAACCCCAACACGCCGCUCCAACAGGAUAAAAUAUGAAGAACUGUGAAAGGAAGAGAAGGAUAAAAUAAGGGGGGGAGAAUUUUUUUUUCUAAAACAACGAGAAACAAGCAAGCAAACAACAACAAGAACACCAAGAAGAAGAACCUCUUGGCUGCUUGUUUUCUGGCAGGAGUUUCCCAGCCCCUCAUUAGAUUGUUUUCUUCCUGGAGCACAGGGGUCGUGAUGUAUACAUCUAAAUAGCGUUUUGCAUUAUUUCUAGAUGAGUGCAACUGUCAAAGCAAUAUGGGUUCAGUGGCUGUGCUUCCUGUGGGCUGUAGCUUGGAUUUUGUGCUGCCCAUCAGCGUGCAGAUUAAGGCUGACAGUGGUGCUGCACAGUUGCAGUGUGGUGCAGCUCUUAAUUGCCCUGACACAGCCCUGCCAGAAUUUAACAGCUUCUUCAUGGUCCCUCUUGCCUACAGGAUUUCUUUUUUCCUUUUCACUGUUUUUUCCUUUUCACUCUUUUUUCCUUUUCACUCUUUUUUCCUUCCUUUUUUUUUUUUUCCAAUUCUGUCUGCUUCCUUCUAUUUUGAGGCAAAAUAGCAAUCACUUUUUUUUCUUUCUUUUUUUUCCUUUCUUUUUUUUUCUUCUCUUAAAAUAGAACAGGCUAGAAUCACUAAGGCUGGGAAAAAAACUUUGAGGUCAAUUCCAACUGUAACCCAACUACUAUGACUAUAUUCUGAAGCGCUACAUCUGCAUACUUCUUGAACACCACCAAGGAUGGUGACUCCAUCACCUUCCUGGGCAGCAUGUUCAAAAAAAAAAAAGUGACUCAAUCUCAGAAAUGUGAUUUUUUUUUUUUUUUAACUUCUCUUUCUCUGGGACCAAGUGGGAUCAACUCCGGAUUCUUUUCAUUUUCUGCUGGUAGAAAAGGGUCCAAGAAGUCUGGUCCGGAAUCGUAAGAAAGACCCUUUGUUGUCAAAGAUUUUCUCCUCCUGACAGAUCAAUGGCAUUAUCUGUAGGAUCUUCUCUUCCUUUUGAAAGCUCUACUUAAAAAAAAAAAAAAAAAAAAAAAAAAAAAAAAAAAACACCAACCAAAAAACAACAACAACAAAAAGAGGAGAAAAAAAAAAUAAAACUGCCUAUUCAUUAACUGGCUGGAUCACACUGUGAAAUAUGACAGGAAAAAAUUUGGAAAAAAAGAGAGGAAAAGGAAGAUAAAAAGGAAAAGAAAAAGAAAAUAAAAGAAGAUGAGGGGAAAGAGGUGAAAAAUAUUAAAAAAGAAAAAAGGUGUUUUUUUUAAGAAAGAUGUAUAAAAAUGGGGAGGAGGAGGGGAAGAGGGGCACAUUGCACCUUUUCCUGUUUAUUUUUUAAUGCAAGAACAACAACAACAACAAAAAAAUAGGAUGCUUCCAUUUUUAUACAACAGGUUUUUAACAACUUGCCACCCCUUGGUUAGUUUUCCCAAAGCUUUAUCCCCACUUUCCCAAACACUGGAGGAGUGUGGGGAUCCCCUGCGCCAAGCAUGGGACCUUUGGGAUGAUGAUGAUGGUGGUGGUGAUGAUGGGGGAUGUGGCUGUAGCCACCACUGUCGCUGAGUGUCUGCCUCUAUAAGCGACAAGACGUGCCUCAUAGCGUGCCCGGUGAGCGAGCGCGCUAAUUAAGCUCUUUUAGUGUUGAUGAUGCUAAAUUAAAGUGAUCGUUUUAUUCGGUGUCCGCGCCCGCCUCUCCUCCCCAUCCCCUACCCCCGCCCCGCGAUGUUUUUCGUAGUGCCGAAGAGGCAACGGAUCUGAGACCCCCCCAUGCCACCCUAUCUUACAUCUCCCCCCUCAGUGUCAUUUCCUAUCCCACAGGAGGUGGGAGCCGGGAACAGAGCGGGGAGGGGUGGUGUAAAACGAGAUGAUGCUCAUGGAAGGGUUGCAAGGAGAAACCCAGGCAGAUUUGGGUUGAAAUCCUCUGGUUUGGGGGCUCUAUUAGUAGCAGCAUCGGGGUUCCUUCCGCCCACCUCCAUCCUCCCCCCGGCACCAUCACUCUCCAUUUAACCUUCCCCCUUCAGAAGCUGCUCACCCUGAGUGGGGGGCGGUGUUGAGAGGAAGAGGAGGUUGGGAUGGGGGUGGAGGGUCAGGUCGUGCCUACACAGGAGGCAGCGCUAAAUCUGCGGAGGUGAACCUGUUGCAGGAGAGCGGAGAGGUCUGCAGCCGCUCCUCCCAUCCCCAAACCCUCCGUUGGGGGAUGCUGCUGCCUGCAGGUUGUCCGACACCCCCACCGCGAGGAUCUGAAUCCCCGCAAACUUUUGCUCGCCUCAGAUUUCGUGUGUCUAGGUGAAAGAGGGAGUUUUCGUCACUUUUUGGGGGGAGUUGGUGCUUAUUCCCACAGAGGAAGAGGACUGGAGGGAGAGAGGGGGAAGAGGUUUAUUCCCUAUCUCCCCCAGCACCGGGGUGGUGAAAAGGGGCCUCUGGGGGGUGUCAAAUGUCUCGGGAAUGGAUCUAUUUUUUUAAUUAUUGAUGAGAAAUGAAAUGUGCACCCAAAAAAAAAAAAAAAACAUUUCUACUGUAACGAUUUGCCCUGGUUUUGUAAGGCUUUUUUCUUCACCCUACCCUUGGCCCCGGGAGACUUUACCGCUUCUGCAGGAGGGUGCUGUUAAGCACUGGGAGUGAGGUGGUGGGGUCCUUGCCGCUGGUAUUGCUCCGCUUGCAUUGAACCAAAAAAAAAUAAUAAAGACACUCUUUUCUCUC